CCUUGCGCAACGAAAACGAGUCGAUCACGUGACACACGCGCGUACACUCACCUGUUCCCUCCAGUUGGGUCGCUAAGGUGAACGUCCGGUGUUCACCUGUAAACACUCUCGGUGCAAAACAAGCGCGCUAUCGGGAACGUCGCCUCAAGUUCACAACCGCAUCUCAUGGAGUGAAAUCAUCCCUGUUCGCAUCUGCGUGCUGUGCGCUUGUUUGUUGACGCGUCAUGACUGCUACCGGCAGAGGGCAUCUUCAGCGGUGCAAUGCUUCAGCAGGUAGUAGUAGCCGUACGUGGCCUCAAAGGGUGUGUCGUCUUGCCCACAGGGGCCGUUGCCCCCCACAGUAAACGUUGCGAUAACAGCGGCUAUUCUCUCGUCCGCGAACUUCGCUGCCAUGGCUCUCAACUUUUCGGCGUGCGAGGACUACACAACUUUUAAAGGUCGUCUGGGCCGCGGUUGUUCGUGGACUAGAGAAGAGACUAUGCUACUUCUGGAUCUGUACGAGAAAGAACGACUGGCCGAAGACAGCUCCGGUGACUUCCCGCCACGCAACACGCCGAAAUACCAGAAGGUUCAUCAAGCCAUCUCGGGGUUCCUAGGUGCUCACGGGUACAGCAGAACGCCAAUGCAGGUACGUGAGCGCUUGAAGAGGCUCAAGAGGGACUUUCGAGAAAACCGCCAUGGGGAAUUCACAGAAAGGGUUGGAGCCAUCUUGGCCAAGCGGGCAGCAGCUGCCAGUGCAGAACGGUACGCGUCAGCAGUCAUGGCAGCUUCUACGAACGGUACCACUACAGCACUCUCCACAACUGUGACACCGACACAGCCGAGCUCGCCGGAACAGCCAAUGGAGGCCUGCUAUCCUGUAGUGCUAAUGAAAACUGACAUGAACUGUCAUGACAACUUGGAACGUGAUGGCGAAGGGGAACGAAACCAUCACCCCACAUCAGCUGUGGUCCCAGAAAUCACUUACGACAGCCCAGAUGAGCAGGAUCAUGGUUCGCAAACAGAAACCGACCAUGACAGACACACAGAGCCUGCCACUGACACAACAGGCAAUGGCAACAGCAAUAUCCGAAUGCAACAAAAGGUCAUACGCCUCCUCAGCCAGUUGGUCACAGAAAACCGGAGGCAGGCACAAGCCACCGAGGCUUUUCAACGACAAAUUCUCUACCAGCUCCACCUGAUUACCUGCUCACUUCAGGUGAUUGCAACAAGCAGGACCCCUUCAAAUCAUCACGACGACGAUCGACAUGAUCGGCACCCAACCUCUGGAGCCAGUUUUGGGACUCCGGAAAGUCAGACGUCAACGAGAGACUCGCCGAUGAACAGCGUUAUACAUGUUAAACAGGAAGUAUCUGCCGAGGACAGUAGUUGAUGAUGAAGGAGAUAUUAGCAUCUUCCAUGAGAAUCGUGAUUUUAGGGAGUGUACGAGAAAGUUGCUAACAGCUGCUUGGAGGUAAGGUAAGGGUGGCAACUGCCCAUACUGUUUGAUCUUGGAGAUCACAGGAACAAGUUUGCAUAUGUUAAUUGUUUCGAAUGCAAGGUGUUGGCAAUAUUUAUGAACAGAAACUACCUUGAGAACAGAUUCAUCGAAAAUGGUUAAAAAUUGGGGUUUUAUCGCUUUUAAAGUAAACAGAUUCAGUUAUGUAGAUUAGAAAAGUGCCACACUUUUCUAUGUUAUGUGAAGAUUUUCAGCGUUCUGACUUUUUACAACUAGUGUGCACAGAUAAACUAACACCAUAUCACUGGGCAUCCUAUAGUACAUUCAAUGGAAGUUUACAAACCCAGAAAUUAGGCGAAGUUGGUGCUGAACAUCUUGUGGUCGUACAUACCUGCUGGAAGUGGGUACAGUACUGUUGCCUGUUAAUUCAGUGCACCCAAGUGCCUGAACAAUUAGAGAUGAUGCUGCCGUUGUGACAAACAUAUGUGAUAUUGUAUUCGAGACAUCAUAUUUUAAAUAUCUCACCAUAGUGUUAACUAUUGCUUUACAGAGAGGGCCAUAAGUAGGAAUUGGCAACAGUCCUCGGCUGCAAAAUAUACCGGUGAAUUUUUUCUAAUGCAGUCUACGCUGUGCAAAGAAUGCAUAAUUUCAGUGGAAUGAUGUCUGGGACGAUGCAGUGUGUCCUUCUAUAUCCACCAUUCUAUUGUCGCUGUUGUCCUAUAGGUAAACUGGCUCACUUUCCUUGUUAGUUUUCUCACCACAAAACGUUUGCAAUUGAAAGCAUGUUUAGCUCUGUGAUAUCUUAUGUGUACAGGGUGUUCUUUUAGCUGCACCAGAUUUAAAAAAAAAGCUAUGAGAGCAGCAUAGAUACUGCUUUUGCAGUUGAGUUAUUCGGCCAUGUUGACAUCCUCUUGAAGAGAGCAUGUAACUACUAGAUGACAAAUUACCUAGAAUUCAUUAAUUAACUCUUUAGUUAUGGGCUUUUGGGCAAAAAGUGAGAUAUCAGUAUGGGAGACAAUCCACGUUGAAAACCAUGCUGUUUUUUAAGUGUCUUGAAACGAGGACAUACGUUGAAAUUGGUAUUUUCUGGCGCAAAGAUAUCAAACAUACGUUGAAAUAUCCCUCGCCGAAUUUUGCUAUGCAAAUGAGCCAAAACCGCAUAGGGAGCACAGCACUCAUUCCACAUCAGAGGGCCACAUGCUUUGGAGCGAUGGAGAUAAUUGGAGUGGGUGCAGACCUGCUGGCCAGAUCAACCGAUUUGCAGCCAAGAUAAGCCAAUGACGAAGGUCAUAUGUUCCUCAGGUGCGCGGUUUUGGUUUCUACGCGUUUGUAUAGCAAUAUUCGGUGAUGGAUAUUUUGAACACAUAUGUUCGCUUCAGGAUUUCUAAAAAAACAGAAUGGCUUUCAACGGGGAUUGUCUCCCAUUCUGCUAUCGCACUUUUGCCCAAAAUGGUAAUUAAAUUAUUAAGGGCAAUUCGUUGAAGAGGUAAUUAGUCAUCCAGUAGUUACAUGCUCGCAAAAGAUGUCCGCUUGGCAGUAUAACUCAACUGCAAAAAUGGUGUCUAUGCUGCUCUCAUACUUUUUUUUUAAAUUGGUGCAGCUAUAAAGAAAAACCUGUAUAUAACAUAUAUUAAAGCACUAAUUUGUACAGCCAUUACAUGCUGAAUUAUAACGAAAGGAAAGUUAGGUAGCAAGCGAGCUGGUGGUGACGAUCCAUGACUUGAAAACCCGAGACGAGGUAGGGACGUGUUUGUGUUUGUCUGUUAUCGUCCCUACCUCGUCUCGGGUUUUCAAGUCAUGGAUGCUGAAUUGUUAUUUUGAACUGCAUAAUACAGCUGUGCAUUUACAGCAAACCCUCAUUAUAAAUUGCUCCUUUUUUUUAUUAUCGCUUUAUUGGUAGUUUUAUGUUGUCCCUGCUGAACCACACGUUUUGGACCGGAUUAUUUUAAGUGUACUGGCCUGCCGACCCCGCAUAGUGCGAAAGGCCGUAGACUCUAAACACAGAACUUCACUGCAUAAGAGACUUUGUGCCAACCAUUUUGCCGAAUAAUACAAUUAUCACUUCUGAUUGGAGGAGACAGUUGGGCGUA